AUCCGACACCGGAACCGAGCGAUGCUGGAGCAGAGGAGGGUCAGAACCAGGCUGAAAAGGCGAAAGGAGCUGGUUCUGAUCCAGAUGUGUGUGUUCGGAGGCUUGGUGCUGCUCGUGAAGGGAGGUUCCGUCCUGCUGGAGGGUCCAGGUUCUGAUGGGUCGAUGGCGGGCCAGGAGCUGCGAGUGGGCCGGAGGCUGCUGCAGGAUGUGGACAACGGCAGCCUGGAGACGAACGAGACGAAGGAAGGAUCCAAAAACUGCACGGCUCCAGCUCUGCACGAGUUUCCCUCCGACUUUUUCACGAAUGAAGAGAGGACAGAAGGAGCCGUGGCGCUGCACGUUCUGUGUACCGUCUACAUGUUCUGUGCUCUGGCUCUGGUCUGUGACGACUACUUUGUCCCGUCCCUGGAGAAGAUCUGUGAGCGCCUCCAUCUCAGCGAGGACGUGGCCGGAGCGACCUUCAUGGCAGCCGGCAGCUCGGCCCCGGAGCUCUUCACCUCCGUCAUCGGUGUGUUCGUCACCAAAGGUGACGUUGGUGUCGGGACCAUCGUGGGUUCGGCUGUCUUCAACAUCCUCUGCAUCAUCGGUGUGUGUGGCUUCUUCGCCGGCCAGGCGGUGAAGCUGUCCCACUGGGCUCUCCUCAGAGACUCGACCUUCUACACGCUGUCCAUCACGGCGCUCAUCGUGUUCAUCUACGAUGAGAAGGUUUGCUGGUGGGAGUCCCUGGUUCUGAUCCUCAUGUACGCGGUCUACAUCCUCAUGAUGAAGUUCAACGGCAGAGCUCAUCGGUUCGUCGACCGUCGGAAGAAGAGCUCGGUGAAGCUGGGCAACGGGCUGACGGGAAGCACCGAUCUGGACGAAAUCUCGUGUGACGCCACCGCGGUCCUGCUGACGAAAGCUAACUUCCACUGCGCCCCGUCGGUGCUGAUGGUGGACGAGCUGCUGUCGGCGUACCCCCACCAGCUGACCUUCUCCGAGGCCGGCAUGAGGGUCAUGAUGACCAGCCACUUCUCCCCCAGAACCCGCCUCACCAUGGCCUCCCGCAUGCUCAUCGUCGAGAGACAGAGACUGAUCAACACCACAGAGACCCGGGUCAUCACCAAUGGGAACUCAGACUCUGCGAUCCGGGUCCAGGGGAGGCGGGGCUUGGAGAAUGGAUUGGGCGGGGCUGAACAGGUGCUGAAGGGGCGGCGAGGGCUGCAGAGGCUGGAGUCAGAAAACGAGACGGUAAACGAGGACAACGAGGAAGGAGGACAAGGAGACGAGAGGGACGGACCUCUGCUGCCUUUCAAAGUCCCAGGGGGCGUCUGUAACAAACUGAAGUGGCUGAUCAUGUGGCCUCUGGCCCUGCUCCUCUUCCUCACCGUCCCGAACUGUGCCGAGCGGCGGUGGGAGCGAUGGUUCAUGGUCACCUUCUUCACGGCCACCAUGUGGAUCGCCGGUCUGUCCUACAUCAUGGUCUGGAUGGUGACGGUGAUCGGGUUCACUCUUGGCAUCCCUGACGUCAUCAUGGGCAUCACCUUCCUGGCGGCGGGCACCAGCGUCCCAGACUGCAUGGCCAGCGUUAUCGUGGCACGGCAGGGUUUGGGAGACAUGGCUAUCUCCAACUCCAUCGGCAGCAACGUGUUUGACAUCCUGGUGGGUCUGGGCCUGCCGUGGGCCCUGCAGACCCUCUGCAUCGACUACGGCUCCACUAUCCAUCUGAACAGCAGAGGACUCAUCAUUUCUGUUGGACUUCUCCUCGCCUCAGUUUUCUUCACAGUCCUCGGGGUCCAUCUGAACAAGUGGACUCUGGACCGCAGGCUGGGCCUGGCCUGCCUCUUCAUGUACGCCGUCUUUCUCUGCUUUUCCAUCCUCAUUGAGUUCAACGUCUUCAUGUUUGUCAACCUCCCCAUGUGUCGGGACAUCCACUGA